AAGCACUGGCAUCUCUGUGCAGAGACAGACGGUUUAGAGGAGACCAUGGCCGAGAGAUGAACUAGACGUUGCUGUAUCGAUGUAUCGCCUUACAUAGUGGCGAAUAGACGGGUUGAGAAUAUGCCAUGUAUAUAUUAUGUUUCUAAGCCUGGAAAAAUGCAUGCGAUACCGAAGUACUAAUCCGCGAUGACGAUGAUAGAAGAAGACGUGAUGAUGAUGAUGAUGCUGAUGAUGGCGUUGGUGAAGCAGCAGCGAUGACGUUCGCUUGGGCGGCUUUCCCCUCCACAUUUCUCGACGCGUCGCGACAUCCCGCCUGCAUUGUGCUACGACAACGCAAAGAUGCGCUUCAAGGCGUCAAUACAGAACAUUACAACCUUUACGAAGCUUACAGCGUCGCUCAAUUCGCUCGGCCCGCUCGCGUGGGUGAAGCUCAGCGAGGAGCAGGUAUGCUUCACCAUCAUACCAGAGCAGGGCACACAAGACUCCAUCUUUGAGAGCAUCAGCGUGCAGUCGGCUGCAGAUAAUGUCAUCAACCUCGAAGUUCCGCUCGCGUCGCUGAAUCGCGCCCUCAAAUCGGCCUUCAAUGCCACGUCGGCCCAGAUACGCCUCACCAAGAAGGACAACCUGCCCGUGCUCGCUCUUACCGUCACCACUACCCCGUCCUCGAACACGUAUAGCGCCUUCCCUACAACUUCAACCAAUGAGGACGACGACGACGAUGAGUACGGCGACGACGAUGACGAUGGCUUCGAUGCCGCCUUCGACAACGAAUUCGGUGGAGGCAACCGCGAGACCAUCAUCACGCAAGAGAUACCUAUACGUGUGCUUGCUCCGGAUACGGUAGCCCAUCUGCAUGAGCCUGUUUGUAGGGAGCCGGACGUGCACAUCAUACUGCCGCCCUUGAUGCAACUGAAAAGCAUCAGCGACAGGUUCACCAAACUAGCGCUGGCAGACACCACCAAGGCAAGCAGUGCGACGACCGCAGCGAGAACCCGCCUAGAUGUUUCGGCCAAUAUGCACGGAUGCCUCAAGAUAAGCAUCAGAUCUGACGCCAUGAACAUAUCUUCCAUCUGGACCGAUCUCAGCAACCCGGAGCUAGACCCUGGCCACGUCGCUGGCGGCGAGGACGGCGUUGCUGAACACCCGAGCACGCGUAUGAAGCAGCUAGGGUCGGCCGAUGGGCGUAGCGAAGAAGGGUGGGCCACAGUGAGGAUUGACGGGCGGGAUUGGGGCAAGGUCAUGAGUGUGGGCAGACUGGGCGGGCGGGUCAUUGCUUGUAAGUUUCACGAAGCCCACUUCUACCAGCAUGCUAAUACUCCAAAAGGCUUCUGUCACGAGCAUGCACUCAUUCUCUACUAUUUCAUCAGCUCCUACAGCGCAUAG